GAAUGGGCACACCAUAUAUCCCGUUGCAACGGUGGAACCCCCAGACUGAGGUCCUCUCCAGUCCUUUGUCCUGUGCUGGCCAAAGGGUCUGGAUGCUUUCUCUUUACUUGAGGACAACCUAUAAGAAGGAAAGCGCAGGGCUGCUGGUUCUUGCCAUUGUGAAAGUCACGUGGAACCUGUCUGCCAUGUGAGGACAUUCAUUCAAGAGGUGACAGCUGUGUGGAAAACCCAGGUGCAAAGAACUUUGGGUGCUCCCCUGAAAGGAGAAGGAGGAAGAGAGAAAGCAGUGCUGCUCCCAACGGCAGAGCAGGGGUCUUCAGGGCUUUUUGCUAAGGGCCAGAACCUAAGAGGCCAGGAGACCAGCGGGAGGCCAAGGAAAGAGGCUAAGGACUUUGUCGUCAGAAACAUAUCCCAACCAGGAACAGAGGCAUGGACUUCAGUGAGGACGUUACUGGAGCCCCGCCCAGCACCUCGGUGCCUCAGGAGCUACUGGAAGAAAUGCUUUGGUUUUACCGCGUAGAAGAUGCUACUCCCUGGAAUGCUUCCAUGCUUGCCCUGGUGGCUGUGGUGGUCGUGAUAAGCUUUGUCCUCUUGGGAAGAAGCAUCCAGGCAAACAGAAAUCCAAAGACACUGCCAUCGGAAAAACAACAUCCAGAAGCCCUCUACCUGGCUGAGGUUGGAGCCAAAGAGAAUGACAACCUGACCAUCCUAAGGGAGACUUUGCUCUCAGAAAAGCCAAAUUUGGCCCAGGUAGAAAUGGAGUUAAAAGACAGGGAUGUGCCGCACGGAUUCCUUCUCGCAGACCCACGGGAAUCUGAGAGCUAGUGCAAGGGCAGGGCAGUGCACCCCAUGGAGCUAGUUGACGGAGGGAGUAAACUGCAAUCAAACUAAAAUUCUAUUAUGAAAACACAAACAAAACCUUUUUAAUAAAAUGUUUCUGGA